AUUGUCCAUCUUAGACAUUAAGUCGUCCUCCUUGGAUUGCUUGAUUGCUUUCUUCGCCUGGUCGAGACCUUCAUUUCCCUGCGUGUCCCAAAAAACACUUGGUGCGUGUGAACCACUGUUUGGGUCUUUGUCGCCAAGAAACCCGAUCUUUGUCUUGUCAACUGUCCCCUUGGGGCCAAACUUUCUUUAAUGGAUUAUUCAAAUCCGGUUGGAUUAGUCCGACCUUGGAACUUCUGGAGAGCGGACUUGAAUUUCGUGGGAACUUACUUAGAGUUAUUCAGACAAAUAUGCAAAAUGAACCCAAGGUAACUUGAAGGAGUGAAAGAUGAUGGUGGCCUUAUUCUCUUGGGCUUUGGCUGUCCUUUCUUUGGUGCCCUGCCAAGCCUAUCCUGACUUUGACAAUCAAUAUUGCCUAACACCGUGGAACUCAGUCCAUUUUAGCUAUAGUGCGGCGGCUGGCCCAGAAAAUGAGGUGUACCCCGAAACUUGUUGGAACCGAUGUUUAGCUCAGAAACCGGACCUCCAGGUGAUCGCUUUUACGAAGACCAGAACUGACGAAUUAAUCUGCUUUUGUCCUAACACUCCUGCUGCUGAAUACACACCAGACGAAAUCGAUGACACUUUCUGUGAGAGUUGUACCAGUCCAAAUGGGGGAACUUUCAUUUGCGGCUCAAAAAGAGGACUCCUGGGAGUCUUGAGUCGAGCUCUGCCGAGUCCAAUUUUGAGUGGCUUGGCAAUAACUUUGCUCGAUGACACGGGAAGUCAAGUCCCCAAUGAGAUUGCGACAGACACCUUGGUCAAUUUGGAAGUCACCUUCAACGACGGACCCCUAGUGACUUGUAACUCGGUCAAUGGUUGUCCUCACCCCGUUGAGUUGAAGGUCAACUUCGGCGAUGGAUCCGGAGAUCUGAUUUAUAACUAUGAACUUGGAGAAACGAUCAAUGUGUGGACGCAUAUGUACACUUAUCCAGGGGAAUUUAUGACGGUUGUCAUAGGUUAGUUGAACUCGCCCGAGAUUGAAAAGUUGGGAGUUUUCAGAAGUUAACGCUGUGUU